GAUAAACUUCAACAAUCAACAUUCUAAGCCACCAAAACCCGCAAUCAUGGCGGCAGAGCAGAGGAAGCUGUUGGAGCAACUUAUGGGCGCCGGUGCCUCCUCCCGAGCAGCCCAACUGUCAAUUACAGACAUCAAAGUUUGUCGAUCCUAUCUCGCUGGUACCUGUCCUCACGAUCUGUUCACAAACACCAAGCAAGAUCUUGGUCCUUGCCCAAAAGUCCACAGCGAACCACUCAAGACAGAGUACGAAGCUGCCCCGGAGUCGCAAAAACAGAAAUGGGGCUUCGAAUACGAUUACAUGCGUGAUCUACAGAAGUAUAUCGACGAAUGCAAUCGAAGAAUUGAUGUUGCGCAACGGAGACUGGAGAAGACACCAGAUGAAAUCAGACAGACAAAUGCACUGCUAAAGCAGAUCAGCGAUUUGAACAAGAGUGUGGAGACUGGGUUGAUGGAGAUUCAAGUUCUUGGUGAGCAAUCGGAGGUCUCGAGAGCGUAUGAAGAGUUCUUUCGUAUACGACAAGCUAUGGCUACGAAGGCGGACAAGGAACGAGAGCUCAAGGCGUUGUCAGAUACCUCUGGUCCUUCCGGACACCAGAAGCUGCAAGUAUGUGAUGUUUGUGGAGCGUACCUAAGCAGGCUCGACAAUGAUAGACGGUUGGCGGAUCACUUCUACGGCAAGAUGCAUCUUGGUUAUGCCCAGAUGAGGAAAACCUACGAAGCAUUCCCGAAGGAGCUUCGAACGAGAAGACCACCAGUAGCAGAGGAUGGGGAUCACAGCCCAGCAGGAGGAAGAGGGUUUGAUGGCGGUUAUGGUGACGGCGGGUAUGGAGGCAGAGGGUUUGGUGGGAGAGGUGGGGGAAGAGGUGGUGGAUUUAGAGGAAGAGGUAGAGGAGGGUUCAGAGGUAAUUGGUAAUGGGCUCCUACUGGCGUUCCGCGAAGCUGGAGGCGUUGGUGGAUCUCUGAGAUUAAUUUGUAUUAUGAAGCCAAGCAUGAGAACCGU